AUGGAGAGGGACAGAGGAACAAACGACUGUUUUCUUUCUCAAAUGAAGGAAAGAGAAAAGUUUAAAGCCGCAAGAAAUGGAGAGAUAGUUAGUGAAGAUUGGAAGAAAGUGAAAUGGUGGUAUCUUUUGAGAUUGUUUGCAUAUAGUCCUCCUAAGAGAUUAGAGGCUUUUGAGCCUAAAUUGGUCACUCCUUGUCUGAAGCAAGAGAUUGAGAAGCUGGUAUUAGGAUUGUUUAUACCACUUGGUGUCGCCCAAGGGCUUGCUUUUCUCCACCAUGAUUGCCAUCCCCCGAUCAUUCAUCGAGAUGUCAAGUUGACCAACAUUUUGCUCGAUGCGAACCUAGAAGCCAGAAUUGCCGAUUUCAACUUGGCAAGAAUGAUGCUCCGGAAGAACAAAAUAGUAUCGAUAGUGGCAGGGUCCUAUGGAAACAUGACGCUUGGGAUUAUGUACCCGUAUUGUUAUUUCACUGACCACGGGAAUGAAAAGCUCCCCAUCUCUUAG